CAACCUCGACUUCAAUUGAACCUCCAAAAGCACAUUCUCCCACUGCGCUCCAGCCUUGUCUCCCCCCCCUCCCCUCCUCCUCCCCCCACCCCUUCUUGUGGCUAUUGUGCCGUCCUAAUUACCCAUCGUUCGGAGGGUUAUACAUAUCGUCAGUAUGCUGGGCCGUACUGUUUUGCGCAGCGUGCCCUUCCGGGGUGUCGCACGUCAGACCUUGAGCAAGACCUCCACGCGUGCGUCUUCCUCUGCCGCCGGUCCCGAGUCCGCCAGCUCCCCCUUCAACCUCACACUCACUGCCACCGCCGCCACCGCCGUCGCUAUCGGUUCGGCCGCCUAUCUCUAUGGCCAAGAGGCUCACGCCAUGACGCCUGCUGAGGAGGGUCUGCACGCUACCGCAUACCCUUGGGAGCACGCCAAGUGGAACAAGACAUUCGAUCACGCCGCUCUCCGCCGUGGUUUCCAGGUCUACCGUGAAGUCUGCGCCAGCUGCCACUCCCUGACUCGUGUGCCCUGGCGCUCGUUCGUCGGUGUCCUCCACACCGUCGAUGAGAUGAAGGCCAUGGCCGAAGAGAACGAGUACGACACCGAGCCCAACGACCAGGGUGAGAUCGAGAAGCGUCCCGGAAAGCUGUCCGACUACAUCCCCGCCCCCUACCCCAACGAGGAGGCCGCCCGUGCUGCCAACGGUGGUGCUCUGCCCCCGGACCUCAGCUUGAUCGUCAAGGGCCGUCACGGUGGCUGCAACUACAUCUUCAGUCUGUUGACUGGUUACCCCGAUGAGCCCCCAGCUGGUGUUGUCCUCGGUGAGGGCAUGAACUUCAACCCCUACUUCCCCGGUACCGGUAUUGCCAUGGGUCGUGUUCUCUUCGACGGUGUCGUCGAGUACGAGGAUGGCACCCCCGCCACCACCUCCCAGAUGGCCAAGGACGUCGUCGAGUUCCUCAACUGGGCCGCCGAGCCCGAGAUGGACGACCGCAAGAAGAUGGGUGUCAAGGCUAUCACCCUUCUGACCGGUCUCUUCGCCCUGAGCGUCUGGGUCAAGCGUUACAAGUGGUCCCCGAUUAAGACGAGAAAGAUCGUGUACAGCCCCCCCGUUUCCCGGCGCUAGAAGGAGGAGAGGCCUCGCAAAAAGCGGAAACGACCUCCAUCCGAAGAUGCUUAUGACAAACACCCGAAAACCAAGUGAAAUCGGGAGGCUGCCAGAAAGGGAGAUGAAAGAAAAAUCAAAGAACAAUUUCCGGCGACGGGCGAAAGCUUUUUUGAUAUAAAUGCCUGUAUCAUAACAACCUGGGAGUCGUCCUCACGUGUUUCUGCUUUUUCUUUCCUUUCUGCAAAGACUUUUGCUGUUUCACGGACAUUUAUUCGGUGUGGUCUCUCUGCUUUAUGUUUUGUUAGAAGUGUGUGUGUGUUGUUUUUUCCUACCUACUCCACAGGACACCUGUAUCUUGUAUCCUAGAUAUUUAUUCUCCUUUGAAAAUGUUGUUUUUUUUUUGAAGGUU